AGGCGAACGAAGCCAGAUAAAGCGUAAUAAAGAAAACCGCAAGAACUUGUGAAGUCAUAAGCACCAAUAUUGAACAAAUUUAUACGUUAGUGUGACAUGCAGCAACCCUUAAUUGGACAAGUCAUUGACGUCAUUGGAAAUCAAGCAUGGCAGCGCCUGAAAGAACGUGCCUGCAGUGCGGUAAGCCAUCGAAGUAUUGCUGCCCAAAAUGUUCAGCCCGCUCGUGUUCCUUGCCUUGUGUGAAGCAGCACAAAAAGAUCGGCGAGUGCGAUGGAAUCCGCGACAAAACGGCUUACAUCCCAUUGGACGGGUUCACAGACUUGGAUCUCCUUAGCGAUUACCGGUUUCUUGAAGAAUCUGCCAGAAUCGUUGAUAGUGUAUGCAGAACCAAGCCAGCAUUGGGUGUGUAUCCGCAACAGAAGAGCCUGCCUGGAUUCCUGCACAAGUUCCAGGCAGAGUGCAGGCGACGCGGCACUGUGCUCAAGUUGUUGCCUCGUUGUUUCACCAAGCGCCAGGAAAACAAGUCACAGUACAACUUCCGUGAGCGCUGCAUCUACUGGCAUGUGGCUUGGGUCUUCCCUGCUGCUCACGUCAAGGUCCAUGAGAGCCAGAGGGUGCACGAGAAGGAAAGCCUGGGAAAAUGCCUUGAGAAGCACCUAACUGUAGAAACAUGUCGACCGGAGUUAAGGGGCCCACUACAGCCUUACAUAACGGCUGGAAUGCAGAGGGUCUCCCUCCUCCUGGCUGCUGAAGGAAAACCAGCUUCUGAUAAGUGCUAUUACAACCUGGACUUGUCAGUGAGCCUGGAGCACUGCCUGAAAGGAAAAGUUGUUGUGGAAUACCCAACUUUCACGGUCGUUCUCACAGAGGACUUGUCGCAGUUCAACCUCAUCAGUCCAGAGCCAUCUGGAAUUCAUGGGGGCACAAAUCUGCCAGCUUUCUUCAAUACAGACGGUUUGUCUGGGUGUGAGAAUGAAUGAGAGUGCAUAUUGGUAGGAAAAUGCAUAGCAGUUUUUUUCCCUGUUAAAGAGUUUUGUAAAAAUGUAUAAUAAAGCCCAAGGCAAGUGCCCCCUAAAGGAAACGUGUGACCUUGUUUCUUUCUCCAUCCUGAUCCUUUGCAUCAGUGUAUCUGCCUUUGCUUCCUUGUCCCAAAACUCCACCCUGUUGGAGGAGCGUUUUGUGUGUCAGGUGUGAGUGAUCCUCAUUGUCUGUGGUUCACGGCGGUGGUGCGCGUGCACAUACGCGCACGCAUGCACACACACAUGGGGGGGGGGGGGGGGCUGCUGACGAAGUACAUUUAAAAGAGGUCGGCGAGAUCCUUAUUCCAGCAAACAGCUGCCCCAAGAGUGCUCUUUCAUGCCUCCUGCACCAAAAGUGCAUUUUAGCAGAUAAUUGCCAAAGGAAGCAUAAUGACAACCUCAUAGGUGAAGUCUAAAACAUGAUGGCCAUUACAUAAUUCCAGCUCAGCAAUCACUUUUGGUGCAUGCAGUGCACAAAAGCAUAGCCUUCGAGAUCUGUUUGUUACUCUAGGAAACCUUCGGUUGGUUGCGGAUUUAUUGGACACUACCUUGCUAGUAAAACUGAAUCCAAUACCUAAAGCACUUUAUAAUAUCAUCUUGGCAGUCCGCGGAGUGGCCAUAGUUACAGGUGUAGCCGAUGCCAUCGGUCCUUUUCACCUGUUGGAUGGAUGGAUGCAAAACUUUAAUAAGGUCCUGAGGUACGCGACUCAGCGCGCUGCGGGCCGCUCCCACAUUGGGACAGUCAGGCCUUGCCCGACCGCCGCAUCGUGGGCCCUCUGGACAGCACCUGUGAAAAAAAAAGAGGGAGUAUCACAAGACAAUUUGAAGCCUACUCAUAAAAAAUAUUGACACGUGUACUUGUUUAUCGGGUGACCGCUUUUCAUCAUCUAACAAAUGUUAUUGCUCAGUGCAGGACGUGCCUGCAUGUAUCGGGAAGUUUCUGGAAUGCUGUCGAUGUUUCUAUCCACUGUCUGCUGUCACUGAACCGUGCGUAAUCUGGUUGCAUGUAUGUGCGUCGCGAAUGGUAUAGAACUUUCUGGAAGACACGGGCACCAGCGACUACUCUGGAACCUUCGAUGGCUGAUGUAUAAAAGCUGACGCGCUUGACCCGCUGAUCAGAUUUCGGCGAUCGCUGACCGUGUUCGUCACUAUCGCUGUGCUUUGAGUGUAGCCUGUUUUCUUGGGCACAGGUUCUGCCAAUAAAAGUUAGUUUUGUCAUUCA